AGGCUUUAGGAGUAAUUAGCAGAGAGCCGAAGGCGGCGGUGGCGGCUGCCGGGAGGAAGCAAGGGCAGCUCCCGAGGCUCCCUCCGCAGCCGGCACCGCUCGCUGCAACUGCACAAGGGUUUCAGAUGUCCCACCGCUGCUUGACCCCCUGCAAAUAAGGGUUGACCACCAGAGGCACAUCCCACCUCUGACUUACCUUUCUGCAUCUAAGAUGGUGAAGAAAGGAGUGAGGAAGAGAACAAAAUAACCACUGGGAAGUCUCAAACCAGCUCUUUUUUCUGAGGGAGGACUCGAAGGAUUAAAAGGCAGCAACUUCUGAGGCGAUUUGUCCCCUGAGUUAUGGAUGUUGGUGCACUUACUUCAGGCCAGAUCAGAACUCAGAGGGAUCUAACCAGAAGCAGCAACCACCGGCGCUCCACUUGCCUUUUACCGGGUUUUACCCUUCCAGUAUGUUUCAUUUGAUAAGACAUUUUCCAGCGCCCAGAGUUUCAGUACAAUGUGCAAAUGGAUACUGACAAAUGGUGCCUCAGCCUUUUCCCACCUGCCUUGUUGCUGCUUGCUGCUGCUCUUCUUGGUGUCUUCUGUGCCUGUCACCUGCCAUGACCUCGGCCAGGACAUGCUGUCCCCGGAGGCCACCAACUCUUCUUCAUCAUCCUCCUCCUUCCCCUCGUCCUUCUCCUCUCCUUCCAGUGCGGGGAGACACGUGCGGAGCUACAAUCACCUCCAAGGAGACGUGCGCAAGAGGAAGCUCUACUCCUACAACAAGUACUUUCUCAAGAUCGAGAAGAACGGCAAGGUCAGCGGCACCAAGAAGGAGAACUGCCCCUUCAGCAUAUUGGAGAUAACAUCUGUAGAAAUCGGAGUUGUGGCAGUUAAGUCCAUUAAAAGCAACUAUUAUUUAGCCAUGAACAAGAAAGGAAAAGUCUACGGCUCUAAGGAGUUUAACAGUGAUUGCAAAUUGAAGGAAAGAAUAGAGGAAAACGGAUAUAACACAUAUGCAUCCUUAAAUUGGAAGCACAAUGGAAGGCAAAUGUUUGUGGCCCUGAAUGGAAGGGGAGCCACAAAGAGAGGACAGAAAACAAGGAGGAAAAACACUUCAGCUCACUUUCUUCCAAUGGUAGUAAUGUCAUAGAUGAAGGAACUAUUUUAUUGAUGCAGUUGAACCAAAGGCUCUUAUGUCAAGAAUAUUUGGUAAUCCUGUUCAAGAAUAAAUGGAAAGAAAUAGUGCAGACAUCUGCUUGUUUGAAAAGAGAGCAGGAGAAGCCUUUGAAGGUUUUGUAGUCAUUGCUGGCACAUGAAAUACUUUUAUUUAGUUCAGUGUCAUAUCUUAUAAUCAAGAUACAAGCUGGAUCAAAUGGGAUGGAAUUUAUUGCCAGUGUGAACAAUUUUUUUUAUCUCUGCAACAUGAGACAAUCUGUUGAAUGAUCUUCAUGGGGAAAGUUAUUUAUGGAAUACUAACUCAUAUCAAAGACCUUAAUUGCUCGUUCAAGCCUAAUGAUCUGAUGAACAGUUAGACAUGCAAGCAUUUACUGGAAGCACUUGGAUCAUAUGCACAAAUAAUGACAUUUCUGGAGAAACCUUGUGGAAGAGUGGAUAGGAUUAAGGAAUAUAAGCAAAGUAGUGUAAAACUGUUCUAACAAAACGAAUAGUAUGGUUUGCUUGUAUGUUCUAACUUCAUUUCUUUUUAUUUCUCUCUAAGUUAUUUAUUUAAUAGGAUGUUAAAUAUCUUUUUGAUUUGAAAUGUUUUCUUCAUUUGCUGCUUUGUUAUUUUGCCUUUUUUCCAGAACUUCACACAGAGGUUGACAGGUUAAAAUGUCAAAACCUCAGAAGUACUCUGAGACUAGGUAUUAGACAAGGCUUCAAAGGCAGAAUUUAAUGUGUAUAAUCCAUUUUUCUCCUAAACUGUCUUGCACUUAAGCAAAAAGACCAAACAGGCAGUGCUUGGAUUUAUGGUAUUGGGUGUCUUUAUGUUGGAGAAAUAUUUUUACUUAUCAGCACUCAAGAACAAACUUCAAGAAAUACUUUGUUCAAAGGGUCUUUCUGCUAUUUUGAAAUUGAGAGAAGAGGCCACAUCUGUACUUGGGUGUCAAUGCAUCUGUGUGUAUAUUCAUCUGACUUUGAUUUCAAUUUGGAGCUAAGAUCUAAUGCAUUGCAAACAGUGCAAUACUCUAGAGCAAGCAUUGGGCUGGAACCUAGAUGUGGACAGCCCUAAAGUCACUAAGAUUGCAAAUAUUAAAAUUAAACAAUGUGUGGUAUCCCAAGUGUAAAAUUUGGCCUCUGAAAGGUAGUGUAAGAAGGCAACACAGUCCUGCACUCCUUAUUCAGUUAAUAUGCCGAUGCAGCACACUUGUCCUUGUUACCAGCUUUUAGAAUCACAGGCAUAUAGUGAGAGUGAUACCUAAAUAAGCCUGAGAGACAGGAGAUCCAAAAUCAUGCUCAUGCAUUUAUCAAAGAUUAUUACUCACAUGUGUAUUAUAUAUGAGAGCCAACCAAAAAGCUGUGCUGGUAUCCAGCUUUAGCAUGCCUUUUAUAUCCAUCAUAGUAACUGAAGGCUCAAAAUACAUAAUAUCCAGCACAUUUUUAUGAAGUGUUACUAGUCCCAUGGCUUAACUUGAGCAACUGCAGUAUAACAAAGUUAAGCAUAAUAUGAAAUCUGUUCAAUUAAAGGUACAUAAGGUUUGUUUUAUGUUUUACUUUACUCUUUAAUUUUAGAGAGCUCUGGAUAGCUCAUCAAUGUAACCAUAUUGAGAUUCAUUUUGUUAGAGCAGAUAAAUAGAAAACAGUACAUCAAUUUGUACCACUGUCUUCACAUUGUAUUCCACUAAAUAAAUAAAUAAGCCUUUGCAGUGUCUUUAGUAAGAAACAAAAGUAGUAUAAUAUUAUUUUGUUCUAAAUACUUUAAGUGAUAACUAUGAGAUUAUAUUGAUGCUGCAGUUUUAUCUUCAAUAUUUCUUGUUGUGAAAAAGUUGGUUUUAUUUUUAUUGUUUGGAAACUGUAUUUUGGUACAAAGGAGAGCCUUGAUUAAUGUGUCUUUUUGAGAAUGUUUAACCUCUAUAAAGGCUGGUGUAUUUGGAAUCUUCUGUAACUUAUUUAAGUCAAUGUUUAACCAGCACUUCAAUCUUACUCUGUUAUUUAAAUAUCAGCUGUUUGUUUUUUUUUAAAAAAAAAAAAAAGCAAAAAAUAAUAGCUUUCCCAUAAAAUACAAAAUGGUCAUGUUGCAUUCGCUGUCCUUAAAGUCAGCUGUUUUAAAACCAAGAGUUCACUGAAGAACAACAUUUUAGCUGACAGCUGACAUUUUAAUUCACAGUACUUUAUCUCCAGCUUGCUUCUUCACAAAUGAGAUUUCUCUAGAAAGUUGAAAUAAGAAUUUCAGAUUUUAAAUGUAAUUACAGGUCACAGCAAAACUCAACUAAAGUGAUAAAAGCUAGUUUCUAUUGUUUAAAAUUUGUAAUUGAUAAUUAAAACUGACAAGACAUAAUGGACCACCCAUAGUGAACAUUUAAAGUCAGCGAAUGUGGUAUUGGAUGAUCACUUAAAGAACGUUCAGGGUACCAAUGAAAUUCUCUUUUGACAGAAUUACCUAGAUGACUUGGUCAGGAGGGAUUAUGCACAGAUGUUAUCAUAGUACUCAAAAUACAAUACUGGUCAGAGGCCAAAAUCAGGACAUAUCACUUUUCCAAAGUGGUCAGGAGCCAUUUGUGACAUGAAUAGUGGUUUCUGAAAAUUAACCAAAAUUAAGAAACCUUGAAGGAAUCAAUGAUUCCUGUGUGUUUGGUAUACUGUAAUACCCAUUGUAGUGGAAGCAAGCUGUAGAAACUCUAUCUAGAGUAUCACAGAUCCUCAGUCAUAAGCUCUGCUUUCUGUCACCCGUAGCAUAACAGACUCCUGAGCAAAAGGAAAACAGGGAAAGCUAUUUAAAAAAGAAAAGCGAAACAAAAAUCACUGAGCAACCAUGUAUUGUAUGUUAUAUUUAAAUAAAAAUAAA